ACUACCUUAUUAUAAUCAACAUAUACCUUUGAUCCUUGGACAAUUCACAACUACUACCGCCACCAUGCAGAUCUCCGCUAUCUUCCUGACCGUCGCUGCCUUCGCCGUUGACAAUGCUUUCGCAGCUACGGUGCCGCGAAACUUCAUCGACGGAAAGGGCAAUGCCCUGUUUGGAAACGUGGGAACGGCUUGCUCCGUUGGCUCACAAGAUGGCGAAUGCGAUCGAUUCGGUCGCUGCGUCCAGGAGAUUCCUCCCAACGAGGUGUCUGCUCUCAACCAGGGAAAGACCGUAGCUACGUGUACUGCAGGUGGACAGACCGGCACGCCCUGA